CCCCGCCGGCCGGUGUCCCCGCCGCCCUCCCUGACCCAUGGCGCUGAAGCGGAUUCAGAAAGAAUUAAGUGAUCUACAACGUGAUCCACCUGCUCACUGUUCAGCUGGACCUGUGGGAGAUGACUUGUUCCACUGGCAAGCAACUAUUAUGGGGCCUCCUGAUAGCGCAUAUCAAGGAGGAGUCUUCUUUCUCACUGUCCAUUUUCCGACAGACUAUCCUUUUAAACCACCAAAGAUUGCUUUCACAACAAAAAUUUACCAUCCCAACAUAAACAGUAAUGGAAGUAUUUGUCUUGAUAUCCUGAGGUCACAAUGGUCACCAGCUCUGACUGUAUCAAAAGUUUUAUUGUCCAUAUGUUCUCUACUUUGUGAUCCUAAUCCAGAUGACCCCUUAGUUCCAGAUAUUGCACAAAUCUAUAAAUCAGACAAAGAAAAAUACAACAGACACGCAAGAGAAUGGACUCAGAAAUAUGCAAUGUAAAAUCAAAAAAUUUUUCAUAUAUACCAGAGUACUGUAAAAUCUAGGUUUUUUUCAACAUUAGCAGUAAAUUGAGCACUGUUUACUGUUUCAUUGUAUCAUGAAACCCUUUGAUUUUUACCCAUCUUAAAUGUGUUUCUGAAGCAAGACAAAACAAACUUCCAAAAAUACCCUUAAGACUGUGAUGAGAGCAUUUAUCAUUUUGUAUGCAUUGAGAAAGACAUUUAUUAUGGUUUUUAAGAUACUUGGACAUCUGCAUCUUCAGCUUACAAGAUCUACAAUGCAGCUGAAAAGCAACCAAAUUAUUUUUUGCUGAAACUAGAUGUUUUUACAUGAAAAAUACUGUAUGUGUUGUCUAAGAUGUCGUCAGUUUUAUAAAUCUGUAUUCAGAUUUCAUUCUUUGUUAGCUCACUUUAUAAUUUGUAUUUUUUUACUGUAUAGACUAAAUAUAUUCUAUUUACAUGUAUGUCAACUCAUUACUUUUUUCCUGUGAACAGUAUUGAAAAAACCCAACAGAUGAUAAUUAAAUGAAUUAACUGUGUCUCCCUUGUCUUAGGAUAUUCUGUAGAUUGAUUGCAGAUUUCUUAAACCUGAAAUGAUCUUUACACUGUAAUUCUCAAUAUACUGAUUAUGGAGAAACACUUGUUUUGAUUUUGUUAUACUUGACUUAACUUUAUUGCAAUGUGAAUUAAUUGCACUGCUAAGUAGGAAGAUGUGUAACUUUUAUUUGUUGCUAUUCACAUUUGAAUUUUUUUCUGUAUAGGCAAUAUAAUAUUGACACCUUUUACAGAUCUUACUGUAGCUUUUUCCAUAUAAAUAAAAUGCUUUUUCUACUAUUUGUCUUGAUUACUUAAAACGAUAAAAAUUACUUUAACUAUAAGUAAAGGAUCAAAACUCUAUAUAAAAUUUUGCAUGAAAAUCAUUUCCAAAUUGUGAAAAUGAGGUCUGUUACGUUUGGCAUUAAUCACCAUUAAUUAUAUAAAUCUUAUUGUUUUAGUUUAGUAUCUCUUUGUUAAAUUAUCAGUCUGUAAGAUGGUAUAUCUUGGCCGCUUGUUGUAGAAGAGAAUUUCAAAUAAGUUGGGGUUUGUUCUGGAUCACAUCUAAAAUAAAUAAUUUGCAAAAGUACUGAAAUGAGUGUAAGGCAGUGUCACCCACUCUGAAGAAGUCUUUAUAGACCUGAGGAAUCUUUAGAUUAAUCCGUUAAAAUGCCUGUCUAGAUGUAAUUGACAAUUACAUUUUCUUAACAUUUUAAAAUCUAGAAGUUCUAAAAUAGAACUUUAAUGCCAUCACAAUUUGAAAAACAUUUAUUUUUUACUAUAGAAGUUACAAAGAAAAUUCUAAAAUGAUGCUUCUCUCUGUUUUUAUAAAUUGCCAGCUAAAGGUGAUAUAAAUAAAGCAGGUUAUCUUUAUAGAUUUUAAGAACACUAGAAAGUACUAAUGUUUUAACUUGGGAAAAAAUACUUCUUUAAUGUUUAGCAUGCUAAUAAAACUUGAGUGAGUGCCAUUUUUAAGAACAGUAGCUCUUCUAAUUGUUGCAGUAGCUGUGUAAGUGUGCAAGAAUCUGUGAUGAGUGUAGUCAUUAGCAAAGCAUUUCACUUGAGUAUUUUAUCAUGGGUUCAUUAUUAUUAAAGCACAAAAUAACCUGUUAGAAAAUAUGUUUUUAUAAAUGAAUGUAAAAUAAUUACAAUAAUGAAUUGUGAAAUGGAUGUUUAAGAAAAUAUAGGCUUUAAAAAGUAACUAUAUUAAGUGAUAUCUUGAAACAGCCAUAUCAUGAAAAACACUACUUUACUGGAUAUAUUAUUAUAACCUACAUUUUCCCUGAAUUUAAACACUCAACACCACUAGAUUUAUAUUUUGAUAGUAAAGGAUUUUGUUUCUUGAGUAUCUUUCACCUUUUUAAACUUUCAUUUGUGUGGCAUUUAUUUCUGGAAGUGUCUUUUUUUCCUUUAUUAAAGUUUUUGAAACUUG